AUGGAUAAUAAUUGGUUAAAUGAUGGAGUUAAAGAGUCAUGGAAAUGGAAUUGGACAGAAUUAUGUGGAUAUCAUGGAGGCAUGGAGCCACUAAAUCCAGAAACACAUGAUCUCGAUGUGUGUUUCCAACAAUUAUGCCUCCAGAUUCCAGUUUUAAUCUGUAUUGCAAUAAUAUCAGCAUAUCAUUGUGGAAAAAGAAAUUCAUAUUCCUCUCAUCAUCAUGGCCCAAAUUCUGUCAUAUACUUGAGAAUUUUAAUUACAAUGUGCCUUGUAUUGCUUCCUAUAGUCAGGGCAUACAUUAUUCUAGUUAAUACUAAAGUUGCUCCACCAAACAUUGUGCCAUUUGAUAAUAAUUCAGUGUCACAUGAAUCAGUCAUAGCAUCAUACAAAAAUCAAGAUUCACUCUUGACCCCAUUGAAUAUAAUAGAUCAUAUAAAAGAAGGACUGAAUCGUACUAUAGAUUAUACAAAAUCAAUUUUGUUUCCAUCAAGUAAUAUUCAAAAUGUAACUGAAUAUUCUGUCACCCCUAAUACGCAAGAUUACAAUGCAGUAUCAGAUAUAGUUAAAGAUGAUGUAACAUCUGCCAAACCCAUUGAUUAUCUAGUGGCAGGUAUUGAAGGAUUAGCAUGGGUUGUUCAUCUUUGUUUUAUAUUAAGUUUAAGAAAGGGCAGAGAUUUUAAUCCACGUGGUCCUGUGACAAUUCGAGCAUUGAUACUUCUGCUAAUUGUUAUUUCCAUAUUGCUAUUAAGAAGUCACAUCAAAUAUAAUCCACAACAUGAUGUUUUGCCAAAUUUGUCAUUGGGAUUUAGUAUCAGUGUAGUCACUCUACUAAUACUCUAUGCUAUAACGCUGAUACCAGGUCAUUAUAGUUUACAAGAUAUGAGAUCAUCCAGAUUUAAUGAAAUAGGAGAACGGACUGCACUGUUAAGUACUCCUAAUUCUUCUUACGUAAGAUUCCCAGAGGAACAGGACCCAACUUACCUUGGGACUGCUAUGGAGGAUGUAACAGCAACCUCUAAAUUUGUAUUUCAUUGGGUAAACCCAUUAAUGGAGAAAGGUGUUCGUGGUUUAUUAAAUCACUCAGAUGAUCUAUUCGACUUACCAGAAUAUAUUAGUACUAAUGCAAUUAGUCAGAAGCUUGACAAACAUUUGCAAAAUAUGCCCGGAAAUAUAAAUAACAGAAUGGAAAAUACUGAAUUAGUGGUGGAAACAGAUGUAGGAACUGUUAGAAACAAAAUGACAUUGUUGCAUUUACUGCACAAAUGCUUUGGAUGGGAAUUUUAUUCAGUUGGACUAUUAAAAUUUAUUACUGACUGCACUUCAUUUAUGGGACCAAUAUUAUUGAAUAAAUUGGUUGGUUUUAUUGAAGACAAGAAUGAAUCUAUCUCAUAUGGAUAUCUGUAUGCAUCAUUAAUAUUUAUUAGUGCUUUAAUAGGGGCUUUCUGCAAUGUUCACUUUACGUUUUGGAUGUCUGUUGUUGGUUUAAAAAUCCGAUCUACUGUCAUUACUUUAUUGUACAGGAAGACUGUACAUUCCUCAAGUGUUCAGUUAAAGCAACAAUUUAAUUUUGGUGAAAUCGUUAAUUUUAUGAGUACAGAUAGUGAUAGACUAGUUAAUAGCUGUCCAAGUUUUCAUGCAUUCUGGAGCAUACCAUUACAGUUGGUUGUGACAUUGUAUCUUCUGCAUGAGCAAAUAGGAAUUUCAUUCUUAGCUGGGGUUACUUUUGCAAUAGUGCUUAUACCAAUAAAUAAAGUAAUAGCAACUAAAAUUGGCGAGCUUAGUACGAAAUUAAUGGAGUACAAGGAUCAAAGGGUCAGACUUACAGGGGAAACACUUCGUGGAAUAACUACAAUCAAGUUGAAUGUCUGGGAAGAUCAUUUCUUACGGAACAUUAUUAAAUUGCGAGACAACGAAAUCAAAUACUUAAGUGGUAGAAAAUAUUUAGAUGCACUAUGUGUUUAUUUUUGGGCUACAACACCUGUGUUGAUUUCUAUAUUAACAUUUGCAACAUAUGUCCUUCUUGGAAAUAAACUUGAUGCAAAAACAGUUUUUACUAGUAUGGCAUUGUUGAAUAUGCUAAUAGGUCCACUAAAUGCAUUUCCCUGGGUACUGAAUGGACUUACAGAAGCUUGGGUAUCACUUAAAAGAAUACAAAGAAUGUUAGAUUUACCAGAUGUUGAUAUAUCAUCAUAUUAUUCAGAAUGUACGCCUGAGUUAGAUAUAAUGAUGCAAAAUGUAAUGCUGGUUGUAAAUACCAAGCAUAAUACAGAAGAAAAUGGUUUAAAUGCAUCUGAAAAUAUAACAAUUCCAUCUUCUAGUUCUGACUCGAGGAAAACUGUAACAUUUCAAGAUGAUGGUAAAUUUAGCCUACAUGAUAUCAAUAUUACAGUUCCAAAGGGACACUUGAUUGGGAUUAUGGGAGAAGUGGGUAGUGGAAAGUCGUUGCUUUUAGACAGUAUUUUAAGUGAAAUUAUUAAAGUCCGUGGUACAAUAGCAGUAAGUGACGUUGAAAAGGGUUUUGCAUAUGUAAAGCAAAACCCUUGGCUCCAACGCGGUACCAUUCGAGACAAUAUUCUUUUUGGAAAGUCUUAUGAUUACAACAAAUACAAGACUAUCUUAAAAGCAUGCGCCCUUACUGCUGAUUUGAAUUCCCUGCCUAAGAAAGAUUUAACAAUUAUUGGUGAGGCAGGAAGCACUUUGAGUGGAGGACAAAAGACCCGAAUUUCUUUGGCACGAGCUGUUUACGCGGAUAAAGAUAUUUAUUUAUUAGACGAUAUUUUAGCGACUCUAGAUACAAAAGUUGCUAGCUAUAUAUUUCAGCAUGUUAUUUUAGAUUUAUUGAAAAACAAAACCAGAUUAAUAUGCACUCAUCAAACUCAAUAUCUAGUUCAUGCAGAUUUAGUGGUGGAAAUGUUAAAAGGCGCGAUAAUUAAUCAAGGUAAACCAAGUGAUGUUUUACCUGACUUGGAAGACUACUUAUUAUCUUCAGACUCUUAUGAAUCAAAGCUAGAUAUUACAUCUAUCAACGACUUACCGAGAGAAAUGUACCAGGCUGACACAUUUGAGAAAGAUCCUUUGUUAGACAAAGAAAUUACAGAGAAAGGAACUGUGCAGUUUGGAGUCUAUACAUGCUAUCUUAAGGCUAUGGGUCGCUAUAUAACAAUUUCAAUACUUGUUUCUAUGCUCUUAAUGCAAAGUUCGAAGAAUAUGACAGACUUGUGGAUGUCUUAUUGGGUUACUCAUGCUAAUACCACAUCAACUAAUACUACGGAUAGACCAAGUUUGCUACAAUUGGAAUAUAACUUUAAUGAUUACAGUCUAACUACUGAUUAUUAUUUAACAGUUUAUGCUUUAUUAGCUGUAUUUAAUUCAUUAUUUACAUUGAUGAGAGCAUUCGUGUUUGCAUACGGAGGAAUUCAAGCAGCUAUUGCUAUCCACAAGAAGCUUUUAAAAAUCGUUGUACGGGCUAAAGCUGCAUUUUUCGACAUUCAACCCUUCGGUAGAAUCAUUAACAGAUUUUCAUCGGAUACAUAUACGAUUGACGAUACUCUACCCUUUAUUGCUAAUAUUUUAUUCGCACAACUGUUUGGUUUGUUUGCAACAGUUAUUGUUACUACAUACGGCUUGCCAUGGAUACUAUUAGUGUUAGCUCCACUCAUUCCAGUGUACCAUUGGAUUCAAAAUCACUACAGACUAACGUCAAGGGAAUUGAAGCGCUUAUCGAGUACAGCACUUUCACCAUUGUACGCUCAUUUUAAUGAAACCCUACAUGGACUUUCCACUAUAAGAGCUUUUCGCAACAUACCACGUUUCAAACAAGAGAAUGAACUGUUACUGGAAGUCAGCCAAAAAACGCAAUUCGCGUCCAUCGCUGUCAGUCAGUGGCUUGCAUUAAGACUGCAACUUAUUGGGGUGGCUCUCUUAGCUGGAGUGAGCAAUAUAGCAGUUCUACAACAUCAGUAUAACAUAGCAGAUCCUGGCUUGAUAGGUCUCGUUAUUACUUACGCGUUAUCUGUAACUGGAUUGUUGUCUGGCGUAAUAAAUGCAUUUACGGAGACUGAGAGAGAGAUGAUCGCGGUCGAACGUGUAAAACAGUAUCUCGAGAACGUUCCCGUAGAAUCUGUUAAAGGUGAUAAUCCACCUUAUGCUUGGCCGAGCCAGGGUGUAGUUGAAUUCAAAGAAGUCGUUUUGCAGUAUAGAGAGCAUUUGCUGCCAUCGCUGAACGGCGUAACGUUCUUUACGCGACCAGCAGAGAAAAUUGGAGUUGUCGGACGCACAGGUGCUGGGAAGAGUUCCUUGUUUGCUUCGUUGUUCAGGUUAACGGAAAUUACUUCUGGCAUUAUAUUAAUAGACAAUGUUAAUAUACAGAGUUUGCAGCUGAACGCAUUAAGAUCUCGAUUAGCCAUCAUACCACAGAAUCCAUUUCUUUUCUCGGGUACAAUAAGGGAAAAUCUAGAUCCAUUAAAUCAGUAUCCAGAUUUACACAUAUACAAAGCGCUGGAGAAAUGUAAAAUACAUUCGUUGGUGUAUCGUUUGGGGGGUUUUGGUGCUGCUUUAGACGAAUGCGGCAGCAAUCUAAGUGCGGGACAAAGGCAACUGUUCUGCUUAGCUAGAGCUGUUUUGCACAAUGCCAAGAUAGUCUGUAUCGACGAAGCUACGGCGAAUGUUGAUCAAGAGACGGAUAAAUUUAUUCAGACGACAAUAAAGUCUUCCUUCCAGAGUGCUACGGUCAUCACUGUAGUAUUAUAUCGUUUUCGUUUUAGAGUUCUUGUAAUGGGAGAGGGGGAAGUUCUAGAGUUCGACGAACCAAAUCUGUUGGUUCAAAAUAUUGACUCCCACUUUUAUCAACUAGCAAGUCAGGAGUUCUCCGGCAGAGAAUGAAAAUUGCUUCGUACAGUAUCUUACGAUG